AUGGCGGCGCCAGAGACAGUGGAGACCCUCCGCCCUCUUACGUCGCUGCUCGCGGCGGAGAACGCGCAGCUCUUGGCGCAGCAGGCGCAGCAGGCGGCCGGCACUGCGCUCAUCACGGCACUUGCGAUCGUCACAUCCACGCCGGAUGGCACGCCGGAUAUGGCACGCCUGCACGCGGAGCUCCAGGUCGCCUCGCAGCAGCAGCAGAGCGCGCAGGAGUUCCUCCGGCAGGCGACCGAUUCGAUGCGCGGCACCAAGACGUCCGUCGAGACAGCGAUGCACACGCUCGUGAGCGCUCAGGCGUCUGCUGCGCCAGCAUAUGGCGUGCCGCCGAUCUACGGCGGGAGCAGCCCCGCCGCGCACGCGUACCAGCCCUCCCAUGCGCCCAAGCGCACGCUCGACGGUGACGCAAAGGCGGCCAUGUACAAGACGCAGUACGCGCCUCCCGGCUCCUACAGUGUGGCUGCCGCCCCGUACCCGUACGGUGCGCCGCCGCAGCCGGCGGCGGUGGAGACGGCUGCGUACGGGAGGCAGCCGCAGCCGCCCUCGGUCAGCGGGAAGCCCCCCGGGUGGAGGACGGUGCUUUGCAGGCGGCAUGCAGCGGGCACCUGCACAUUCGGCGACCGUUGCAACUUUGCACACAGUGUGGAGCAGCUGCAGCCAAAGGUCGACGAGUUCGGACGAGUCGUGCCACAGGAUCGCUCCUACUCGCGGUAG